CCCCCGCCCAGACACAGAGGAGGAGGAUUAGAGACAGGCAGCAGAUCUCCAAGCAGCACAUAGAACAAGCUGAAUCUCUCCUGUCAUCUCUCUGUCAUUACUGUUACUGGGAUACCUGGAGCUCUGCAUCUUGGCUGCACAUCCCUGAUCCUCUCCUGCAUGCUUCACAAUGCAGCUUCAUUGGUGUUGGCUAUACAUGGCCUCAGUGCUUAUCGGUUUGGCAGCAGCAGAAGCCAAUGACAACGUAGACGAAGAAGAGGAUGAACUACUAGAGACCACAGAGGAACCUGAAAGUGAACAAACCAGGAGCUUCUUGGAGGUUCCAUACCAGACACCUGUUCCUAGCGGCGAUGUGUUUUUUACGGAGACAUUUGAUGAUGGAACGCUGAAUAGGUGGGUGCUUUCUAGAACAAUGAAGGAAGAUACUGAUGAAGACAUUGCCAAAUAUGAUGGUGAGUGGAAAGUGGAAGAGCUAAAAGAAAACAAGCUAUCUGGAGAUUUAGGACUUGUCCUAAAGUCUACAGCCAGACACCAUGCCAUUUCAUCCAAGCUCAAUAAGCCUUUCACCUUCGAAGACAAACCUCUGAUUGUCCAGUAUGAGGUGAAUUUUCAGGACAGCAUUGAUUGUGGCGGGGCGUAUAUGAAGCUCCUCUCCCAUUCGAGUAGUUUGAAUCUGGAGGAAUUCCAUGACCGGACUCCAUACACAAUCAUGUUUGGACCAGACAAAUGCGGAGAAGAUUAUAAACUGCAUUUCAUCUUCAGGCAUAAAAAUCCAAUAAUUGGGGAUUAUGACGAAAAACAUGCAAAGCGUCCCGAUGUUGAUCUGAAAAAGUUUUAUACAGACAAGAAGACACAUCUGUAUACUUUGAUUCUGAAGCCAGAGAACACCUUUGAAAUUCUUAUCGAUCAAACAGUUGUUAGUCAAGGAAGCCUUCUGGAUGAUGUCAUCCCACCAUUAAAUCCACCAAAGGAAAUAGAUGAUCCAAAGGAUAAAAAACCUAAAGAGUGGGAUGAGCAGGUCAAAAUUCCAGAUUCUGAUGCUGUCAAACCAGAAGAUUGGGAUGAAGGUGGGCCUGUUAAAAUAGAAGAUCCCAAUGCUGUAAAACCUGAAGGCUGGCUGGAUGAUGAAUCUCACCUAAUACCCGACUCAGAAGCUCAUAAACCAAGUGACUGGAAUGAUGACAUGGAUGGAGAAUGGGAAGCCCCUCUGGUUCCAAACCCAAAGUGCAAAACUGCAUCUGGAUGUGGGGAAUGGAGUCCACCUCUUAUAGACAAUCCAAAUUACAAGGGGAAAUGGAAGCCUCCUAUGAUUGAGAACCCUAAUUACCAGGGUAUUUGGAAACCACGUAAAAUUCCUAACCCAUACUACUUUGAGGACCUUAACCCUUUUAAAAUGGCAACGUUUAGUGCUGUUGGGUUGGAACUGUGGUCAAUGACUCCUGACAUCUACUUUGACAACUUUAUAAUCUGCUCUGACAAGGAAGUGGCUGACCGUUGGGCCUCUGAUAGCUGGGGACUGAAGAAACUGGCAGCCAGUGCUAAUGAGCCAGGCAUGAUAAACCAGCUUCUUGCUGCUGCCGAUGAGAGGCCGUGGCUCUGGGGUUUGUACUUGCUGACAGCUGCUCUGCCUGUAGGAUUGCUGGUCUUAUUCUGCUGGCCCAGAAAGAAAAUUGAGGAAGCAGAAGAUGCAGAUUUCUCAAUGAGUGAUUUUCUAGAAUCUGAUGAAAAUGAUUUUGAGCUCCAGAAAGAUCUCACGAAGAAGAACCAGCAAAAUUUGGAGGGUGCCACAUCAGAAACUCAGUAUGACAAAGAGGCUGAAGAAGAUGAAAGGAUAGAACAAGAGGAUGAAGAUGAAGAGUUCAGUCAAGAAGAAGAGGAAACUGGUGAUAUAGUAGAUCAGUCUUCAGAUGAUGAGAUGAAAGAAGCAGAUGAAGGUGCGGACUCUGGAGACAACCUAAAGAAAUCCCUGCGGAAGAGACGAGUACGGAAAGACUAGUAUCAAUUAUACUUAUAUUGGACUGUUACAGAGAGCCAGUCUAUCUUAGCCUGGUGAUGGACAUGAUGAACCGCUUCUUACCUCUUGGUCCAUUACUUUGUGUUACCUGAAAAGUUGUCCUGUUAUGUUAUUCUGUCAGGGGAAGGCAGAGUUUUCCAUGUAACUAUAAUACACAGAUCAGAACUGCAUGUGCAAUAGCCUACCUUUAUAUUCCUUUUCAGUCUUGGCUCUAAUAAAUAUCUGAAUAUACUUGUUAGUGUAAGAAAAGGCAGUCCUUUUACCACUGUUCUUUCUCUGUUUUUUAGUUUCAGUAUGAUUCAGUUUACAGUUUGUUUGGGGCCAUUUUUGAAUAGUCAAAAUUCUGCAAGACUCUCGAAAAAAACAUAUAAGCCACACUUCCUCUUGGCUCCUCUUGCCAUAUUUAUUAGUUCUAAUAGCUUCCAUGAUGCAUCCCCUAUCCGUGAAGGAUAGGGAAGUCCCUAUCCUUGUAAGCAAGCCAGAAGUGGUAAAACGCAUCAAGGAAGGUUGGUUCCUGUGGAGAAAUUGCUGUAUACAGUAAUUUUGUUGAAAACUAAUAAAUACAGAGCUACUAUCAGGGGGGUACAGGCAUUACACCUGUAAGGGAACCGAUGGUCCCCAGGGCCGCUUACAGGCCCGGCUGGCUCCCCUCCUGUUUUUUUUUAACUUAUUUCUUGCAUUACACCUGCAAGGGUCUCAAUGGUCCCCCCCUUGCUUAUUAUCUCGCGUCUGGGGAGAAGUCAGCCCCCCCCCCCCCGGUUCUCUGCUCCAGGGGGGCCCUACCACCUAAAGCUGUGUAAGGGGCCCCUGAUGAUUUCUGAUGGGGAGUGAAAACGGACUACAGUGGCCAGCACCCAGGUUGACUAUGUACAGGUGUGGUAAGUUUUGAGUGGAGCUGUGGGUUUGGGUAUGUUUCCACAAGGCUUUGGCAUAGGUAAUCAGCACUCUCCCAUUCUUAAACACCCAUUCUUAUUACUGGCUAAGUAAUGAUCUGCCUAGGAUUUAGGCUUGCACAUUUGCAAUGAAACAAUAUACACAUAAUGCAAUAGCUGACAAAUAAGGAAAACUUCAGUAAGUUAUGCUCAGGACAGUCCUAAUCAUUCAGUGACACAUGUUUUAAAGGUUUUUACAGAAUAAAAUGCAUGUUAUUAUAUUAGUUUUAUCGUUUCUGUACCCCUCAUGGACAACUGCCAAACUGCAGCACUCAGAAUUUGUAGAAAAGCAAAAAAAAUGAAAGGGGCUCAUUGGUUUUGUCAUUACUUAUACUUGGGGCUAAUUAAAUGUGUAGAACAAAUUAAAUAAAAAAUGUUUAGUUAUCCAGCUUGCGAUGCAGGAUUUUUAGUAGGCAUCAUCACUUUGCCCAAUGGAGGAGACUCAGGAAGCUGGAGGAAAAAAAAAAAGAAGGAAAACCAGAAACGGCAAAACGAUGGACCAAAAAAAAAAAAAAA